AUGGACGAGAAUUCAACUGCUGAUUUUUGUGAAACACCCAACACAGGUGGUUCUGACAACCUCUUCAGUUUUUUUAAUGCUCUUAGCAUUCACGAUGAUGGUGGUUCCUCUUCGAGUCCCAAUUCCAUGGGAUCGCCUUGGAGUGGUUUUUUAACAAUAACCCGAGAAGUUGAGGUCCUUGACGAUGUUGUACAAAGAUAUGGAGCUGCGCUACAACCAAUUCACUCUCAGGGAAUCUGGAGAGGAGGAAACCUUUCGAACACUAGAGCUAGAGGUACUUCAAACUUGAGAACUACAAUGGGAGGUUCUAUGCCUCCUGGCCUUACUUAUAAUCAGGAAACCUUAUCCAUGGUUAACGAAGCAAACUUUGCACCGCAAAGAAGGAGAGACUUCUUCCAUGAAGUUGGAAAUCGAAAUCCUUUUGUUGGUUCGUCGAAUCAACUACGCCUUUCUAAUGUUUGUUCUCACAUUGAUUUGUUGAGAAACUAUGGUUUCCUCACUGAGGUUGGUGGGAGGAAACUUGAAGACAUACUGCAGCUAAAGCAUCCUGAGAUUACAAGGGAGGUAUUCAAUAAGGUCUUUCCAUUCAUCUUUGAACUGAUGAAUGACCGAUAUGGAUGGCGUGUCUUUGUUACAUUGAUUCAAGCUUGCAAUACUCAUCAGCUCAAACUUAUUGUAGAAAAGAUUAGCUUAAACUCCGACUUGUUUCUCCAUGUAGCAGCAUGUAGAUUUGGGUCAGAAGCAAUUAGGACGCUAAUUAAAGAGCUCCGGCAAUCACAUUUAGUUUCUAAAGUGGUUAACAUUCUGUCCAUUGCAUUCUUUCAUGUAAUGGUUCAUCAACCAGGAAUUAUAUUACAGUGCCUAGAUGUCCUUCAGCCUGAGCAAACUGAGUUACUAUAUAGACAAGCCAUAGUGUAUUGUCUGGAGCUGGCAACAGAUCAACGAGGAUGUAUCUCCUUGAAAUCUUUCAUCCUCCACAGCAAGGGUGACUACAAGAAUACACUUCUGAGAGAAAUCUGCAGCGAAGCGGUAUACCUCUCACAAGACCCUCUAGGGAACUAUGUUGUGAAGAAUGUCUUAGAUCUCCAAUCCCCUUGGUGUACUGAAGCGAUAUGCUCUAAGCUCAGAGGUCAUUAUGUUAGGCUCUCAAUGCAAAAAUGUGGGAGCCAUGUAGUAGAGGAAUGCUUGAAAUCCACAGAAAUGCGUUAUCCACUUAUGGAUCUUAUAACCAGCAACCAACUUUUGGAAGUUGCGAAGAAUAAAUUCGGUAACUAUGUGAUUCAAACAGCAUUAACAAUCACAAAGUCUGCAAAUAGUCCAUUCCAUGAACAGCUUCUGCGAAGGCUCCAACUACAUAGCCAUGAACUUCAUUCUGGAUAUUCGAGGCAUAUCUUGAAAUGGAUAAUCAAUUGA